GACUGCCCCUCCGCCCGCCUCUCCUGCACAGAAGGAAUGUGGAAUGCACCUGAACUGGAUCCUGCAGGGGGAAGAAUGACUGCUGCUCAAAGCCGGCAACACACCUGUUCCGGGACACAAGUUCCUCCAGCAGGUCCGAGAGAAAUCAUUACCCACUCAUUUCACUAAUCCCUGUCAGGUGUAGAGUAGUAAAAAAAAAAAAAAAAAAAAAACCUGGUCAGCUCGGGAACAACAAUGGAUUGCUGCUGCCUGUCUGCUCAGGAAACAGAGAGACUGAGGAUACACAGAGAAAUAGAGAGGCAACUUCGACGUGACAAAAGAAACUCUCACCGGGAGCUGAAGCUGCUGCUUUUAGGGACGGGUGAAAGUGGGAAGAGCACUUUCAUCAAACAGAUGAGGAUCAUCCAUGGCCGCGGAUACACCGAGGCUGACAGGAGGGGUUUCACUCGGCUGGUGUUUCAGAACAUCGUCACGGCCAUCCAGGCGCUGAUUCACGCCAUGAAGGCUCUGACCAUCGAGUACAUCGACGACCAGAACAUUAGCCACGCAGAGAAGCUGAGCCAAGUAGAGGCAGACCAGGUGUCGGCUUUGGAGGCUUGGCAGGCGGAUGCCAUUAAGCGAGUGUGGAAUGACCACGGCGUUCAAAGGUGCUACGACCGCAGGAGGGAAUUCCAGUUAUCGGACUCUGCCAAAUAUUACCUGAGCGAUUUGGACAGGAUCACAGCUCUGUCUUACAUCCCCACCCUGCAGGACAUCUUGAGGGUCAGGGUGCCCACCACAGGCAUCAUAGAGUACCCCUUUGACCUCUCGAAAGUUAUCUUCAGGAUGGUGGAUGUGGGCGGUCAGCGUUCAGAGAGGAGAAAAUGGAUCCACUGUUUUGAGAAUGUCACCUCCAUCAUAUUUCUGGCGGCACUCAGCGAGUACGAUCAAGUCCUUUACGAGAGUAAGAAUGAUAAUCGACUGUCUGAGAGCCUCGCCUUGUUCAAGACCAUCCUCUCAUACGCUUGGUUCCAGGAGUCGUCCAUCAUCCUCUUCCUGAACAAAACAGACUUGCUAGAGGAGAAAAUCGCACAGUCUCACCUGGCAACCUACUUUCCGAGCUACAAUGGGCCUCAGUGCAACGCCGAAUCAGCGCAGAAGUUCAUCUUGCAAAUGUUCAAGCAGCACCACGGCGAGCGCCACAAACCCCUUUACACACACUUCACCUGCGCCACAGACACGGAGAACAUCCGGGUCGUCUUCAAAGCCGUCAAAGACACGCUCUUCAUCGACAACCUGCAUAACUUCAACCUGGAGUAGGGAAGGUUGGAGGACAAAGAGAUGGGUCUCAUUUCAGGCCGUCACACAGUCACAUGCUGUAACACUUUCAUGGACUUUUUAUCUAGUUUGGGCUGUCGGUCGCAGCCUUGUCAUAGAGAGAGCAGUGUCAGGUAAUUCAUAUUUAUCUCAGCCCUGUAAAACACAAGUGCCAUUUCUUGCAACACAAAAAGCGUAUUUUCUAUUUUUACAGGACUGUAACGUCAAUUAAUGGUUUCACUGAGCUGUUACAGACGACCUCGUAUUAUAUCCUCAGUGCUCGUCAGACAAUCGUUCAAACGUGUCAAACCGGUUUGAUAUAAUCUUAGAAUUACAUGCUGUGGGAGGAGGAAAUGAAAUAGCCUGCGGGGAACUACAGGGCUUUACUUCAUGUUCAUCUUAAUGUUUGUAUGUACGCAACAACCAUGUCACCUAUGAAACAACUGUUUUUAUGUAAUUUACUUAAGAAUAUAAACAUUAAAGCCACACGUGUUUUGAAAAGAA